AUGGAAUGGUUUGAUCGGUCCCGAUGGACUACGGCGCCGUACUAUGCUUUCGUAGUUGCGGUUAUGGCCUGCGGUACUAUGACUAAAGGUUACGAUGAGGGUGGUUUCAGUGCUAGCAUGAAGCUUACUUCCUUUGUGGAGGAUUAUAAUCUUCUCUCUGCUAAUUGGAAAAAUGAUCCGGAUGGAUUGACGAACAGAACUGCCAAUAUCUCCUCUUUCUUGACGCUGGGCGCGGCCUUUGGUGCUCUCAGUUCCCUCUACGUAAACGAUAAAUUCGGUCGUUUGCUAUCGUUUCGUCUUGGAAUCGUCGUUUGGGCAAUUGGAACAUUCAUCCAGGUCUUUUCGUCGGGCAUUUAUGGAUUGAUUCUUUUCGCACGCAUUUUCGCUGGAUUGGGCGCUGGUCUUCUUACGGUUACUUCUCCUAUGUAUCUGUCUGAAGUCGCACCAAAGGCGACUCGCGGGUUAGCUGUUGGUUUGUCAAUGGUUACUCUGCUUGGAAUCUUAACAGUCGGCUUCUUCGUCAAUUACGGCGCCAGCAUCCACAUGGCUGCCACAAGAACCCAAUACCGUCUGGUCCAAUCCAUCCCCCUAAUUCCUGUCGGAAUCGUCUUCUUCCUCUCCUUCUGGUGUCCCGAAACACCACGCUACCUCGCCUCAAAACAACGUCACGAUGAAGCGAAGGAGGUCCUUGCGCGUUUGCGCGGAAAAUCCAGUACAGACGAAACUGUCCUUGCAGAGUUCGCCGAAAUGGAAACUCUAGCUAAACAGCGCGCGGAACUGUCAUCUAUCUCGAACUGGCAGGCUCUUAAAGAAUCACAGUUAAACUCGAAUUACCGUCAACGCUUCUGGUUGCUUAUGGCUAUGCAGACUGUUGCGCAGUGGUCUGGUGGAAAUGGUAUCACGUAUUACAUUUCGACUAUCUUUGAGUAUGCUGGUGUUACAGGUUCUAACCAGAGCUUGAUUUCAUCGGGUGUUUAUGGUGUUGUUAAGCUUGUUUUUACAAUGGCGUUUACUUGGGUCUUUAUUGAUUUGUUUGGAAGGAGACGCUGUGCGUUAACUGGUCUUUCACUUCAAUUGGCGGCUCAUAUUUAUAUGGGUGCUUAUAUGGGUCUUCAGCCUGGUUCGGCUGAUAACGAGAAUGCUUCGAAUGCAGCUAUUGCGUCUGUUUUCAUCUACGCUGUCGGUUGGUCGAUCGGUCUUUGUACCAUUCCCUAUCUUUAUGGGUCUGAGAUCUUCCCGACUCGUAUUCGGAAUGUUUGCUAUGCGUCCAGUAUGGGAUUACAUUGGUUUUUCCAGUUUGCUGUUGUUCGUGUUACGCCGAAUAUGUUUGCGCUGGAUGUUUGGGGCGCGUAUCUCUUUUGGGCGCUUAUUUGUUUCUUUGGGCUCAUUAUUCUCGGUGUUUGGAUGCCUGAGACUAAGGGGGUGCCUAUGGAGAUGAUGGAUGAGCUUUUUGCGGGGCCUUGGUAUAUGAGGUGGAAUGCGAGGGUUAGGGAUGUUGAUGUGAAUACUGAUGGGUCGUUUAUGUCCGUGGAUGUGGAGAGUCGUGAUCAUGUUAGGGAUCAGCCUAAGUCUGGGCUUUGA